GUUUCUGCAAAAACAAGCCAGGAAUAGAUUUAAAAAUGCGUACGGGUGCAAAAUCUGAGGGGAGAGCGGAAGAGAUGGAGAAUAAAAUAAUGAGAAAAGGGGAAGCAGACAUGAGUUUAUUUGAGAGGAGAUCAGAUCAGGAUGUUCACAUUAAGCCUCCUCGGCGUGCUGCUGCUCUCCCAGUCCUCCCAGUCCAUCUUACUGGGCUGGGUGGAGUCUCCUGGUUAUCCCAGCGGCUACCUGCCUCACAGCAGCAUGAACUGGAGCAGGUGCGCCCCCAGAGGCCACGCCCUCUCCCUGCGCCUGCUGCACCUGGACCUGGAGGACAGCCAGGACUGCGAGAACGACGCCCUGAAGGUGUUUUCCGAUGGAGGCCUGAUCGCCGUCCUCUGUGGGAAAAAAGACUUUGAGGAGCUUCGUUCUUCGGUGAAUCCGUCUCUGGUGUCGUCUUCGGGCGGCUGCCUGUCCAUCAGCUUCCACUCCGACUUCUCCAACCCUCGGAGACACACCGGCUUCAAAGGCUUCUACACGGUCCAAGACUUCAACGAAUGCGAGGACCAGAGCAACGAGUGCUCCCAGUUCUGCCACAACUUCGUCGGAGGAUACCGCUGCUCCUGUCGCCACGGUUACAUCCUGGCCGACGACAAACACACAUGCACCGUGAGCUGCAAUGAGGAUCUGUCGGGUCAGAACUCUGGGGACGUGUCCAGCCCGUCCUGGUCCGGUUCCUACGCCGAGAACGCCAACUGUGUGUCCACUCUGUCCGUGGAGAGACACCUGCAGCUGGAGCUUCACUUCUCCAGCGCGUUCGACGUGGAGCAGAGUGCAGACGGAGAAUGCAUCGACGCCGUCACGGUGGAGACUCCCUCCGCCACCCUCGGCCCGUUCUGUGGUUCCUCUCCUCCCCUGUCUCCCCUCCUCACCCACUCUCAUUACGUCCGGAUCCGCUUCACCUCCGACGGCUUCGGCGCCAACAGAGGCUUCUCUCUGCACUUCAGGACCCGAGAUAAGGUGUGUCCUACCGUGGUGACAUCACACUCGACGGCGACGCCUCAGAGGGCGGAGCAUCAUCAGGGUCAGAUGGUGACGGUGGCCUGUGAAGUUGGAUACGUGGUGAACAGUCAGCAGGGCGUCCAGACUCUGACAACACAGUUUGAGGCGACAUGUGACAUCACGGGUACCUGGACCCCCGGCUACACCUGUGAACCUGUGGACUGCGGUUUUCCUGACAUUCCAGCCGAUGGAGUCCUGCAGCUGGUCGGAUCAGAACCACCUCACACUCAGUACAAGGACCAGGUCCAGUUCAGCUGCAGCUCAAAGUACUACCGGCUGGACGGAGACGACACCUACACCUGUAAUGCCAGCGGUGAAUGGACGUCCGCUGGCGGGAGGACGGAGCUUCCAGAAUGCACUGCAGUGUGUGGACAACCAGAAAGCUUCUUUGCAAGCCACGGCAGAAUUUUGGGAGGCCAGGAUGCAAAGCUGGGACAAAUACCGUGGCAGCUUCUGAUUAAAAGCCCCAACAGAGGAGCAGCGUCUCUGAUCAACGACCACUGGGCGGUAACAGCUGCUCACGUUGUGGACGGAGUCGAGGAAACUUCUCUGCAUCUGUACGGUGGUUUGAUAGAUGGAAGAACAUCCGGCAGGCCGGGCGUCGCAGUGCUGAACAGUAAGAGGAUCAUUAUUCAUCCUGGAUACACUACAGGAACUCAAGCCGAACGCACCAACUUUGACAACGACAUCGCUCUCAUCAGAUUCAGCUCCAGGGUGAACUUUGGUCCAAACCUGCUGCCGAUCUGCCUGCCAGAACCCAACAGAGGCAUCGUGGAGAAUGAGCAGGGAACCGUGUCCGGCUGGGGGAUGACGGAAAAACGAAACAUAGCAGCUUUCUUAAAAUACGCUCACAUUUCAGCAUACUCUCUGGAUGAAUGUCAGCGCACACCGACCACACCGACCAACGAAGUCAUGACGUUCACCAACAACAUGUUCUGUGCCGGAGCUUCAGGGAAGGACAGCUGCCAAGGAGACAGUGGAGGUCCCUUUGUUCUGCCCAUGUUGUCCUCAGACGGACCUUACGUUCUGGCCGGCAUCGUGUCCUGGGGACCCCCCUGCAGGAGCGGAGAUAAUAAGGGCUACUACACCAAGGUGGAGAACUACGUGGAGUGGAUCAAACACACCAUGAAGACAGAAGACGGACCUUAGAGAAACGCUGAGCUGCAGCCACAAUAACAACGCUUCGGGAAAUCAAAUGUACCAGCAUUAACUACACAAUCACAUUUUAUAAAGUGCUCUGAAAAUAAAGGAAACCUUUGCAAAUCUU